GUGUCAGCCCACAUCCUCUGUGUGUCACACUGCCUCCUUCUUUACCACGGCCUUUUUUGGUCAGCUGAGCCUCACUCAUGUUCUUCCAAAUGAGCUUACUACCCCGUGGGUAGCUUCCUGUUGGCCUAAACUGAUUUCUGUGCGAGUGUGUUGUAAAAGCUCUGCAAGCAGUUCUGUCGGGAACAUUGUGUUCUCCUGAUUAUCUCCGGGCCAGAAUGGUUGAGUCAGAACAGACUGACGAGAAGUUUGCUUUUUAUUAACCAAUCUUUUGGGACUUUUUGGUUCAGUCUGGAGGAAAGAAGGGGAUGAAGCUGCUAUUUGAGUUUAAAAGACUCAAGCUUUAUUAAAUCGAGACAUUUUUUCACAUUUUAGCCACACAAACUGGUAGAAUUUAAACACUAUCCUUUCGUGAGACUUUAUAAUUAUUAAGUAUUGACAGAUUUUUUUCACAUUUUUUAUGAAUGCUAUUAUAAGCAACAUACAAUCAUGUAAUGUGUGACUUUUUAACCCCGUAACACCAGUUUGAUGUUUCAAGGAAAAGAACAUUUUAUUUUUCUGGACCUUUAGACAUUCAGCAUUGAUUCUGAUCCAAAAAAAGUCAUUUUAAGUGUUUUUGUAAUGAAAAGAACAAAAAGUAAGGAACACAGACCACUCAAUUCAUUUUAAAAGGCAGAUUGUAAGAGUUUGAAAAAAAAAAAAGAUAGAUACAUUUAAACUAAAUACACAAGCUGGUCAAAUUUGAUUCCGUUUGAAUAAACACAGCUAAAAUUAUGCAAAAAGAAAGUUAAAAACACACCAAACAAACGUUCCCAGGGUCCCAGUAGAGAUAAGAUACAACAAAACUAGGAUGGCUUCAGAUAAACGUCAGAUCUUCCUUUGUUUCCGUGUUUCUAACGCACAUUUAUCAGCAGUCGAACCACAAACGUUAACGGCAUCUUCCUCCAAUCACACCCUGGGAAAUAUGGACUGCUGGGGGCACGACCAAUCAGCGCUCUUCCCUGCAACCCCGCCCACCUGCCUCACUGACCGACUUACUUACUGGCCGAAUGCCACAAGAAGUGUGAUCCACAGCGACACCUGCUGCUCUGAGCCAGUCAUCACUAUCGAAGAAAAUGUAAGACGUGAUUGAUGAAAAUUAAUUUAAAAAAAUAAAUAAAUGAAUAAAUAACCAACCAUUACAGUAAAUUUGGUAUUUACUGUUAUUAAUUUGAUUAAACAACAGAAAAAAAACACUUUUUCCCCCUCAGUGGCCCUAAACCUCUUCCGUAAUUAAUGGACACAUUUAUUUAAUUUUUUUCUAAGGCUUAAACUUUUGAUUAACUGUUUAUUUGAGCUGAAUAAACGGACUUAAAGAACUGGUUAGUGUAGCUGUUAAGACCUGCUUCAACUAAAAAUGCCUCGUACAAUAUGGCGGCGACGUUGACGUACGACCCGGACGUUCUUUGCCCUCCCUUCGACUCCGUGUUACCAUGGUGACAUCAACAACACUAACGCCCGUUUUCUAAGGACUUCUACUGGGCCUGAAACGACAGCAACCCGCUUUCAUAGAUUGUGUCAGUUGGUGUGUUUAAACUGAGGUAAUUUUUCAGCACAUUUAAAGUUUAUUCCAACUGGUCUGUUUCUCGAAAUAUUCAAAAUGGACAUCAGCGAUAAACUCGAAGAGCUAAACUUGUCGACGGAGGAGAUGGGCAGAUUUACCAAAGCCUUUAAAGACUGUAAAUUUAGGGAGAUGUUCUGCGAAUACGUCCAAGAACUAUCCGAACCUGAAAACAGGAAAAAGUACGAAGAGGAAAUCCGACAGUUGGAGCAGCAGAGAGGAAACAAUGUGGAUUUCAUCCAGCCGACACCGUUCAGGGUGAUCAGAACGAGCGGAGCUGGAAAACAGAAAUGCUUCAUCAACAUAUGUACCAAUGAUAAAAUCCAAAAACCUGAAGUAAAGAUUGGAGUGUCAGAUGAUGGCCGCAGGGGGCAGUAUUGGACUCUGCCUUACAGUCUUUAUCCUGGGAGGACAGAGAAAGACCCUAAAGGCAACACAUUCAUGAUAUAUGAUGUGAUUUUCCACCCUGACACGCUGCACAUGGCCUCUAAAAACAAACCAUUCAUGGAUAUGGUGAAUGACACAGCAAUUGGUGGAGUUCAAAAAGCAUAUAAAGUCAAGCUAGACAAAAACAGCGUGAGAGAAAUGAAGACGAAAUACAAAGGUACCCCUCAGACAUGUAUCAUCCGAAGACCCAUACCUGGAUUCAGUGCCGAGAAUCUCAACUCUCCCCUGCCAUUGUUAGAGGUUCCUGAGCCACGGAUGAAGUCUGAAGAGUCACUUACAUUAACAAACAGCAGAGAUGUUCAGCAACAAAUCCAAUCACAGAACAACCAGGAGCCAGAAAAGCCAAAAUACACAGUAAAAUAUCGAUCUAAGGUUGAUUUACAGGACUUCAGAUGUUCUAGAGACUCCGUCCAGAGCCCCAGGCCUAAGGAGAUUGUGAUUACUAUUGACCUGCCUCUUCUGAAGUCAGCUAGAGACACAAACCUUGAAGUAAUGGAGAAAACUCUGAUGCUUGAGUCCAAACAACCUGCCUACAGGCUACGUCUGCCUUUAGCCUACCCUGUGGAUGAAGACCAAGGAGAAGCCAAGUUCAAUAAAUACACAGGACAGCUCUCCAUCACCCUGCCGGUCCGUCCACCUGAUGAAUCUCUUCAUCAAUCUGUUGGAUCUUGUCCUUUGGUGAGCGAUCUUCAAGGAGAAGAUGAGGUUGAAGAAGAGAAAGGGAUUUGUGAAAAGACCGAGCAAGAGGUUCAUAGAGAUGAACAGAAAGAAAGAAAUCAGAUCGAAAAUGGUGUUGAAGAACAGAAGAGUGGAGGAGAAGAGGAAAAGUGUCAGGAAAUAAAAAGAAAGCAUGAAAAAGAGGAAGAGAAGCCAGAAACAGAGCUCCCAAACUGGGAUUUGGACAAACAGCAACAAAGAUUACAAAUGAGCAAGGAAGAGAAUGAUGAGGAAGGUGGACUAAUGACGAUGAAUGAAAACCAGAACCAAGAUUCUGAGGAAGGAUCAUCUCUGGAUAAAUAUUACUAUCAGAAAGGAGACUAUCCAGAAGUUUAUUCACGAGAAACUUCAGCUGCCUCUCCUGUAACGGAAAACCAGGAUGCUUUAAUGUCUGAUGAACAGAUUAGCUCCUCAGAAGAGGAAAAAGAAGCUAAACUGACCUCAAGUCUAGAGUCUACAUCUAAAACAGCAACUUCAGAACUCCAGGAGGCAAAAAAUGCACAGGAAAAUAUGCAGACUGGAGAAGAGGCUUCACUCCAGCAGCUUCCACCCAUUGAGGAGCCCCAGAUUUCUCCUGAAGUGCCUUUCCCACCAACUGAGACCGCUCAAAGCCAGAGCAGAGUCAUUAUUUCAGGGGAGAAAAUGGAGUCCUGCCAGGUGUUUGCCACAGACGCAGCAGAGAAAGGAAGAGAAACAGAUGAAGAUGACCUGCCAGCACAUCAAGUUCUCCAAACAUUGGAGCAAAACAACAAGCCAGCAGCAGACGCAGCAGCCUGGCCACUGAGGGAGAUCGGUGCUGAUGGAAAAGAGACGCUGAUCACUGAUCACUCCACGUCUGCAGGUUUCAAUUUCCACAACAAACUUAUUUACGAGCUGGACUGAUAAGUCCAGCUCGUAAAGCUGUGUUAAAGCUGUGUUUUUAAAAAGAAUGAUGAUGUUUAACGUUGUUUUUUAUUUCCUAUUAUACUGCAGAUGUUUUCAAAGAUAUGCAAUUGUACUGUGAGAUUUUAAUAGUUUUCUCCCAAAGUUAAUAAACUAAUACCAAUUCAAUAAUAAAUAUUCAUAAGAAAACUG